CAGACUCAGUCAGUGGUGAUCGGAAAACAACACAACGCGCAGUUUUUGGUGCGACAAGUGACUGGCCUCUUGUUUUGCCUUUUGUUAUGGAAGUGUGCGUGUGUGAUUGUUCGUGCGGUCAGCGGGAAAGUUUGUGUGCGUGAGGAUAGGAAGUAAUUUUUGCUUGAUUAAAAGUGAGGUAGACCGCCGUUUUGGUUAGUACGUGAUUACACCCAAUCGUGGCGAUUAUUUUCGGUUUUCUUUGGCAAUUGCCUGGCUGUCAAGUGUGCGGUGAGAGUGACAGCUAGCGCAAAGAGAGAGCGCAAGUGGAAACAAGAGAAGAGGUGUCUGUGUGUUGUGAUACUCUGCGUUUGAUCUAGAAAAUAAUAGAGGUGAAGUGUGUUUUCGUUUUCAUCUAGUGCACAAUUACGGAUCGGAUUUCGCUUUGCGGUUGGGGUUUCGCGAGUGAAUCGCCAGUGUUUCGAGCGAUUGUAAUACUUUGACAUUUCGCCUUGCCAAAUUCGGUGCUGGUUCGAAAGUUGUGAAGCAAUAGCGGGUUUUUGGGUAAAAGUUUCACCAAACAUCGUCGUCGUCGUCGGUGAGGAGCAGAUUCGGCAGGGUUUAUUGAUUUUUGUGUCAUUCUCUUUGGUGGAAACCUGUUUCUCCGGUGGAACAUCGCGUCUUCACUACUGCAUCGGAAUGUUACCGCCAGCGAGGGUUGCUGAAUAAAAGUGGAUCUCCGCAGUCGGAGGAAUCGCCAGAUAUGCUUAGACAUAGGAACUAUCCAAUUAGACAAAGGUCCACUUUGGGGAUGCUCCAAUAGGUAGCUGGAAUUCCUUCCUAUCUCUUUCUGGUUCGUCAACGGUAGUCAAAACAAAAGCCAGGCACACACACACAGCGCGUUUCGGUAGAAAGAAUCAUGAUCAUCGCGAGCAACGCCCGAUGGCCGCACCUUCUCGGGACAUUGUCACAGGCAACGGAACGCGGAAAGCGACCACACUGAAAGAAGGCGAACGCGCAAAAUUGACACCUGUUGCAGCUCUCUCACACGCACACACGAGGUGUAGCGCCAACCCGACUCAACUUCGGCUCAGCUGUCAGUGACGACGACGAAGCGACUUAACGCACAACAACGAGGAGGAAAGGCGAAAAGAAGACACAACAGAAAGAAAAAAACAACAACCGAAACUGGGGGAAGGCCAAGCGCUGAAGACGACGUCGACGCCGAAAAGGAAAGGUGGAACAAUUACCCCCGGGGCAUUAAUCUGCUCUCGCAGCAGCAGUUCGUCAGUAUCGAUUCGGAGUCCGCGCGAACCGGAGCCCACACGAAACAAGAUCGAGCGCGCGCGCGAGCAAAACAAAAGAAACGCGCUGAAGAAGAUACCGCACACAUAACCUCGUUUCGCGAGACGAGCUCCUCUCGGGUGCAGAUUAUGUAAAUGAUCAUCGGUUGUUUGAUUCGAGCCCAUUGUGUGCCAAGUCUCGUCUCAACAGCAGCUCGCUGGUUCUGAACGCGGCGACGACGACGAGCGUGAAAGUGUUGGAGAAGCCGGUUCGGGAGAGCGAGCGAGAAUUGCUCGGAGAGCGAGAGCAAUCUCCCGGAGAUACCGCGUUGAGCUUAAUCUUAUCACAAAAAUUGCGCCGAACUAGUGCGCGCCGAGAACCGUCCGAUUCCGCAAGUGUGCCCGCGUUGAUCUGCCCGAGUCUUGUCGGAAAAUUUAAGUUUCGUUAGUUUGUUGGCCACGUGACGGGAGAGACGGUGUCGUGGCUGAAGAGUGUCUCGGAUGACAGCUCAGCACGAAUCGUGGCGUGGCGAUGUUUUGGUUUGCCUGAGCAGUGAAGGAUCCAAAACAAGUGCUGAGUGAAAUGUGCUGAGUUUGGCGGAACAAAAGUGCAUAAACAGCAUAAGUGAAGCGCGGUCAGUGAUAGUGAGUGAGUGUGUGCGCGAAAAACUUUCCAGAUUAGAAGAUGUUUUCGAGACGAAGAGGGCAGUGAUCUGCGCAAGGGAAGUGAUAAGGGUUUAGCGAAGGUUAGCGUGAUCGUGAUCGUGUUCAGGGAUCAUUCGGUGAUCGGUGUUUGCGGCGACAGGAUGUACUGGAUACGGUCGAAGAAGUUGAAGGAGCGGCUGGCGCUGGGCUUCGGCGCCUCGCUGGUGCUCUUCACGCUGCUGCUGGUGAUCGACCUGCAGAUGGACCUGGGAGUGUCCCGGGGGGAGUUUAUUCCGUCGCACGGCCGGGUGCGGUUCGCGAGUGAGGACGACAAGAGUGGGAUCUACAACGAGUUCCACCGGAAAUAUCUUGCCAAAAGUAAUGCGUCCGGGUCGAAGGAGUACCUGACGACGAAUCCGCACACGCGCGGUCGGACUGACACCUCGGGGGCGGGCUACCCGAGCAAACAGGUGACCACGGCGCCACCGCACGAUCGGUUCAAGGACUUGACGGCGCUGGUGGUGGCACCGAAGAACCGGCGAAAUCCGCAAUUUUACGAGCGGAUUGUGGUGAAGGAAGAUCAAAGUGACGACGAGAAUCCGACGCUGGCGGAGAUGCUCGACCUUCGAGUGAGCCCAAAUGCGACCAAUUUGGAGCGAUUCCAGCUGUCCAUUACCAAGAACGAGUUGUACGCCAAGAGCGACAAGCUCGUCGAUGCCGUGAUACAGGACAUGGUGAGCAUGCCGAUCAAGCACGUCGUGCAGAAAGAGGGCGGCACCCAGAUCAAGCUGAUCAUUGAAUAUCCGAACGAUAUUCACGCACUGUUCAAGCCGAUGCGGUUCCCCCGAGAGCAGCAAACGCUGCCGAACCAUUUCUACUUUACCGACUACGAACGACACAACGCCGAGAUCGCGGCCUUCCACCUCGACCGGAUCAUGGGCUUCCGGCGGGCAAUGCCCGUCACCGGCCGAAUCCUUAACAUUACCACCGAGAUCGAGCGGUUGUGCGACGACAACCUGCUGAAGACGUUCUUCAUCUCGCCGGCGGGCAACAAGUGCUUCCACGGCAAGUGUUCCUACUAUUGUGAUACGUCGCACGCGAUCUGCGGCAGCCCGGACACGCUGGAAGGCUCCUUCGCGGCGUUCCUCCCAACCCAGGCGGACACCCAGCGCAAGGUGUGGCGUCACCCGUGGCGACGAUCGUACCACAAGCGCAGGAAGGCCCAGUGGGAAACCGACCGGGACUACUGCACCAUGGUGCGGGAUAUUCCACCGUACGACGAGGACCGGCGCCUCCUAGACCUGAUGGACAUGUCCGUGUUCGACUUUCUCACCGGCAACAUGGACCGCCAUCACUACGAAACGUUCAAGAUCUUCGGCAACGACACCUUCCCGAUUCAUCUGGACCACGGUCGAGGCUUCGGGCGACCCUUCCACGAUGAACUCUCCAUCCUGGCACCCCUCCUGCAGUGCUGCCUCAUCCGAUCGACCACCCUGGAGACCCUGCUGCUCUUCCACAACGGGCCCAAAUCCCUCUCGGAGACACUGCGCGACUCGAUGGCCAACGACCCGAUCGUACCGGUCCUGUGGGAACCCCACAUGGUCGCCCUCGAUCGCCGGGUCGCCAUCAUCCUGCAAGCUAUCCGGGACUGCGUCAAGAAGGCCUCCGAGGAGGAAGACUUUGACGCCGCUGGCCAGAACCACCUCGAUCAGAGCUUCUCCUAGCAGAUGAACCGUAACGGUGGCCAAUACCGGCCAAGAUUGUACAUAGUCUAAUCACGUGUGUGAGUGUGUGAGCGCGCGAGCGCGUCGUCAAUCGAGAGCAAAACUGAGAGUGAAAGAGUGAAGUGAAACGGGAGGAUUGCCGACUUCCGUUAGUGAUCAUCGUGCGGCGGGACUGUUUGUUAGCUCAUUACAAGGUUAUUAUCAUAAAAUGAUAGCGGCGGGAGCGCGCGUGUGUGAGAAGAGUGCGAAAGAGAGAAAGAGGAUCGCGCCCCAAAUAUCGCGGUUGUAAAGUUCUAACGUUUAUUAGAGAUAGACACGUCUACAUACAUACAUACAUAUAUGGGUAACUGUGUAUAGCAAUUAGAGAAAUUCACUGUGUGCGGAUGAUCCGGAUGAUCCGUUGCAAUGAGAGGCCAAAGUUAAAUAUGAGAGCAAAUCUAUUAUCCACCAACCCUGGAAGAGAGAACCUAUUAUUGAUCCUGUCAGAUAUUUACGUUUUAAACGAUUCUAGAUGAUAUUAGAUGUUCUUGUUUUUCUGUUAAGUUUUAUCGUACCUUAUCCCCCUUCUUCCCUUAACAACACAAAAAAUAUAUUGCAUCGACAACACGAAACGAAAACAAUGCUCUUGAGCGGUGGUUGUCCCGAGCAGGUGGAAAUAACAAAACUGGGGUCAUGAUUUGAAUGGAAAAUAAGCAAAUAAUAAAACAUAACAUUGUCACAUAAGAUUUCUUUCCAUCGAUGAUUUUUACAGUCAAAACAUAAAAUUAACCGGAAUAUCAAAAUAAUUGGGUCCUAAAAUAUUAUUUUUUGUACUAUUUUUCACAACGAUAAAAAAUUUAAAACACACAAAUUAUCCUUAUAUUACGAUAAAGCUUAAUUUUCUAAGUACGUUGACCCUUUGUACGGAUUUUUAAAUCAAUUUUUAAUUAUUAUAUUCACGGCCCUUGUUGACAGAAAAGGACCUACUUGACAGCUCUUUCCAAAGGGACCAUAGUUGAUCCAUCGUAAAAAGUUGUCUCGCCAAUAAUUUUUAGUUUUACAUAAAAAAAAAUGUUCUGAAAUAGUUUUCAUGCGUGUUUUUUACCUUUGUACAUAAAAAUUGACAUAGGGCUUUAGGACCCUAUUGGUGAUAAUAAUACGACAAGUGCUGAAAAAAAAAACAAGUUGAAUAAAAAAGUUUUGAAAAUCCGGAAAACGCCCUGUGAAUUUACAACUGUCAAACUCCAAAACAAUAAAAUUUUGUUUUCCAGAUUUUUUGGCAAAAUAACAAACUCCCAUUUUUUGUGUAUGACAGUUUUAAUGCAUUCUCAGUUUGACGUUUUGUUUUGCUUGUGACAGCCAUUUACAGAUUUCUCAACCCCAAAAAUCAGUACAAACAGAAUAUUCAAAAAUGGUUUAUUGAAAAAUUACAACAAUUCAGUUAUUUGAUAAUGCUUCAAUUUGAUUAAAAGUUAAGCCUUUUGCUUUGCUUUGCUAUUAAAAGUCAAAAAAGUUUCGUCUAUGGUUCCGAAUUCGACAUGAUACAGACCAAAUACAGACUUUUUUAAAUGAAAAUACAGACCUGUCAUAGAAUAAUCUGGCAACGAUGGUUGGCGAGUUGACCGCAAACAAGUUUGUGAGUUUGGCAAACUGUCACACAAGAAAUAGAGCAAUUUGUUUGUUUGUUUUCCGUAGUGUAAAAUCUCCUUAAAUUUAGUGAAAAUUAAAUAAAAGUUCACACAAAAUUGAAUUCGUAAUUAAUUAUAAUUUUUUCUCAUCAGUUCGUCACUUUGAUAAUUUUAGAUGGUGAAUUUAAUUUAAUUUCGGUUUAAAUUUUGUGUUGUUUGCAAAAGCAAAUGUUUGUCUGAUUUUGUUCAGCAUAAGAAAAUCUGUAAAAAUGUAGGUAAUCAAUUAUUUUUCCAAAAUCGGUUAUUGAUCACGAGAACAUCAUAUCUCAGGGUGUUCAAUCAAUAGAGAAAUCGAAAUUUGUCAAAUUAGGCGAUAAAUUGGAAAGAAUCUUAAAUACGCAGUUUGUCGUCAAAAGUCGCGAGGAUUAAACGCCUUUUUGAAAAUAUUUUUCAAAAAGUUUAAGUUCUGUUAUUUUCGUAAAAAUCUUCUAUCUAAUAAAUUUAAUUGGGUUUGAGAAUAUUGUUUAACGGUGCACAUCAACCAGAGCUUUGGCACCAAGAUUUUUGUUACAGACAUUUUAAUAUCUUCAAAACAACGGGAACUUUUGAUAUAAUUUUUUAUUCAUCCUUCAAAGUACUGUUUACAAUAUAAUUUUAAACAAAGUUUGACUAUUUUUAUUCAAAUCAAAUGCAGGAUUGGGUCCGUAAAUUUUACAAUUUUGGAAUAAGAAGACAACAACUUACUUGGUUGCUGUGCACCCUUAAGAAACCUAUUUAAAGAGUUCCUUCGCUGUUAGUUUAAAAAAAAUUGUUUUACCAUUUUGAAAUAUUGAAAAAAAAAUGAAAAUUAUAAAUUAUAAUUAUAAAUAGUUUGAAUCAUAAUCAAUUAUCCAGAGUUACCCUUAAAAACAAUUCCAUUCAAUUUUAAAAACUCUUGCAAAUUGUGAUAUUUACUCAAGGAACAUUUUAAGGUUAUGUACUAGGUUUUGUAAAAGUUUGAUUCCCAUAAAAUUAUUCUUACCGGGAUAAACCAUGUUUUUCAAAGAUAACCAAAAUCUGCCCAGCCACGGUUGAAAAUCAUAUGAACUAUCAGAAAAACCAAUAAAAUUUAGUACUUUGUUCCAGAAAACCGUAGAAAAUUCGAUUUUUCGUGAAAUUCUAACACGUAACCUUAUGGGCGAGACAAAUUUGACUUGCAUUUUUCUCGGCUUGCUGUUUUUACAUAUGGGACGGACUCGAUUAGAGCGGCAGUGCCAUUGAUCAAAAUUUAUUUAGGAACUUGUGAAUAUUUACAUUUUGAAUCAGUUUUUGAGAACCUGCUUGGAAAGUUUUAUUUUAAAGUGCAAAUAUAUGAUGUUCUGCAAGUACCCCAAAAAAAGAGAAUUUGAAAAUGGGAUUUGUUUAGGAAACCAUUUUUCAAAGAUUUUUUCAGAAACAUUGUGGAUUUUGAGUUUUUGAAACAUUUUGAAAGGAAUUUAAUUCAUUAUUUAAUCAAAAGUUCAGAUUAAAAAUGAGGAAAAAUAGAGAAUUCAAAAAUAAUAUUAUAUGAGUUAGUUGGUGUGCCCAGUACGUUCUAAUAGAAUUUGUUGCUUUUUCUCUGCUUCUAUUUUUUUUUAUUAUGAGAAAUCCUAAUAAUUUAUGAACACACUUGGUUAUAAUUUAUUGUUAGAAGUAAUGGAUUCCACAAACAAUGUUUUAAAGGUGUUUUAAAUCCGAGUUCCCCAAUAACAUAUUCUGGUCUCACAAACUUGAUCAUAAUUUGCCACUUUCCACCUGCUCGGGAAUGCACACACUCCGCUCUUCUCUUGAGUGAGUACGAGAUAAAUCAACGGGCAGCGAGAUAAAGCUAUCAAUCAUCCUUAUCCUGUCACGACCCAAAACAGCAGAACAAUACCCCGCCCAACUGGAAGGAAGUCCAAAUUUUAUCCCCGAAAACGGACAGACAGCGGCAAAUGAUAAAUAGUAUACAGUUCAUAAAUCUUACUGUGUAGUAGCCAGUAGAAUCAGCCAAAAACAACACUUAAAAUAUAACAAGAACAGCGCUCAGCGGUAAAUUAAUCAAAUCAGCGCCCUCCGGCUGGGGGGCGACCUCGAAUUACAAAUUAAUAGUCAAGCGAAAGCAUCAAACAAAAAAACUGAUUAAAUUCGUUGUUCCUCUGUUGUUGAGCCCACUGAGUGCUAUGAAAUUUACCACACGACGCCACCUGCAGUGCAAACAUCGGAAACUUUCCUCAACUCUUUUUUUUUUUUCGAGUAGAAAACCCCCC